AAGGAAGGCAUCAUUCCUUGAAAUCAACGGAACUUUCUACACUUUCCACCAACAAGCCUGACCGCCCUUCCUCCGCGAAACUUCGCGAACCCUCCAAACUCCACCGCCUUUUAUAUCCAUAUUAUUCUCAUCUCCCUCGGAGAAAACUGCAAAUUCGUUCUAAAGCGGAAUAAAUUACAUUUGGUUUUUUUCAUAUAGGUAUUUCUACAAAAACUUUCACAAUGGCCGAGGACAGUGCUGUUACGGUCUACGGAAGCAACGCCGCAAUUACUGAUGCCAAGAAGAACCCAUUUUCAAUCAAAGUCGGGAUGGCCCAGAUGCUCCGGGGUGGCGCUAUUGUGGAAGUCACCACCGUUGAACAAGCCAAGAUCGCCGAGUCUGCCGGCGCUUGUUGUGUAAUUGUAUCAGAUCCACACAGGGAAGGAAUUUCCCGCAUGCCUGAUCCGGCCCUGAUUAAAGAAAUUAAGCAAUCCGUCUCAAUUCCCUUAGUGGCGAAAGCCCGGGUUGGGCAUUUUGUGGAGGCUCAGAUUUUGGAGUCCGUAGGAGUUGAUUAUAUUGAUGAAAGUGAGGUUUUAGCCAUCGCUGAUGAGGAUCAUUUUAUUAAUAAGCAUAAUUUCGGAACGCCCUUUAUUUGUGGAUGUCGCGAUCUGGGGGAGGCUUUAAGGAGAGUGAGAGAAGGGGCGGCGAUGAUACGCACCCAAGGUGAUCUGAAGGGAUCUGGGAAUGUAGUUGAGACGGUUCGUAGUGUGAGGAAAGUGAUGGGCGAGAUUAGACGAUUGAAUAACAUGGACGAGGACGAGGUGUUUACGUUUUCUAAGCAGAUUAAAGCGCCUUAUGAUAUCGUGGCACAGACUAAGCAAAUGGGGAGGCUGCCGGUGGUGCAUUUCGCUGCUGGAGGUAUAGUGACGCCUGCUGAUGCUGCACUGAUGAUGCAAUUGGGAUGUGAUGGAGUGUUCUUGGGACCAGAGGUUUUCAGUGUUGCUGAUCCUUACAAGAGGGUUCGGGGUAUUGUGCAUGCUGUUAGGAGUUAUAAUGAUCCUGUGGAGCUGGCGCAGGCGAGCAGUGGUUUAGAGGAUGCUGUGGCAGGGUUAAAUCUUGGUGAGAAUAGGGUCGAGCCAUUUGGCUCUGCAAGUACUUACUGAUUUGUUGAUGAGACCUGCAUUGAAUAUUUAUAUCAUUCUGUUUUGGAGUAUUAGGAAUGACGAUGUCUUUGCAUUUACUAUGAAAUGACUUGUGUUUGUGUCUCUUUGCGUUGAAAAAUUACAGGAAAUUGGGAAUAUAAUUGUUCUUUAGCUUGUACAAGUACUAUUGCAGUAACAUUGCUGUUGCUUAGGAGCGAAAGCACAGUUUACUACGACUUUGUGUUACGUAUGAAAUAAAUUCAAAGUUGAGAAUGUGAACUUUGUAAAAUGUUUAAAUCUGUCUGUUAUUCUCGAUGUA